AUGAUUGGGAAUUCAAGGGCCGAGUACUGGUUCAUACGCCUCUGCGUAGCCGGACUGCACUGCAUCGCACCCGUCUGCAUUCUCUACACCCUCCUCGCCUUUGUGCCCUAUGGCUAUAGACCGACGCACUACCGGUUCCCAAUCUUCAUCGAAGCAAUCACUAUCGCAGAAACGCUGUUCUACCUCCUCAUCUACCUUCCUUACCGCUAUUACCUCCAGCGCGAUGCUGUGCAUCCUCCGCCGCCUCCACGCGAGGAAAGGAAAGCGCUGUUCCAACUCUGCAACGAUAACAUAGCCGAUCUAGAAGGCUAUUUUCAGAAAUGGUUUUUAGGAGCAGAUUUGAAAGACGUCAAGAGAGAUAAUCUGAAGGAGUUCUACUUAUGGGCCUUCUUCAAUAGAGGCGGUCCGCCUGGAGACGACGAUGAGGAGUUGGAGGAAUAUAUCACUGCAACGGAGCAGAUGUUAGGGAGGCCUAUCGAGCCAGGGAGGGGGAAAGCCCAAGCUUUCCGUUUAACAAUCGAUCGUGUAGACAUGCUUCAUCGUAGUCUAAUAUGGUAUUCCUGCGUGGGCUUCGUUGAUCUGCUCACCUACGUGAAACUCCUCUAUCACGGUUUCCACUUCCACCGCACUGCUCUCUCAAGGUUCUUUACGCUCUUUCCCUUCCGUCCAUAUUCACUCUUUACUAGCUACCGCUCGCCCGUCAAACACAUAACGUACUGGCAUCGACCUCACACAUCGCCCACCAAACUCCCAAUACUCUUCAUCCAUGGCAUUGGUAUCGGUCUCUACCCCUACACCAAUUUCCUCUCCGAGUUGAAUUCAUCCACCGGGGUUGAAUCGUCGGAUCCAAACGAUCAGGUCGGCAUCAUCGCCAUUGAAAUUAUGCCCGUCUCCUUCCGGCUGACGCAUCAGCCGCUCUCUCGCCAAGAGAUGUGCGACGAGAUCUCCGCCAUUGUUUCUCAACACUUCCCCGACCAGAAGUUCAUCCUCGCCUCCCAUUCCUACGGAAGCGUCAUCUCCACACACCUCCUCAAAUCCCCUCUCGCUCCUCAAAUCGGGCCCGUGUUCUUAAUCGACCCGGUCUCUAUUUUGUUACACCUGCCAGACGUGGCGUUCAACUUUAUGCGAAGAAAGCCAAAGGAGGCGAACGAGUACCAGCUAUAUUAUUUCGCCAGCAUGGAUAUGGGCGUUGCUCAUACGCUCGCGCGCCACUUUUUCUGGGAUGAGAAUGUGAUCUGGAAGAAGGAUUUCCACGGGAGGAAAGUCACGGUUAGUCUUGGAGCCAAGGAUCUAAUCGUCAAUACAGCGGCUGUAGGCCGGUAUCUCAGCGCACCGCUGGAAGGGUUUGAGCGCACCCUCGUACGGGAUGUUGCAGGAAGCAAUGGAAAAUCUCCCUCGGACGACGGUAUCCUCAUCAAUAUCGAAGAGGACAACGGAGGGGUCAGCACAGUAGGAGAACGCGAGGAAGCAGCAACAUUAGAUGAAGAGGAGUGGAAAAACCGGGAGUGGAAAGGUUCAGGGAUCGAGGUCCUCUGGUUCAAAGAUCUAGAUCACGCACAGGUCUUCGACAAACCUUGCACGCGCCGCCGAAUUAUACAAGCACUCCGGAGAUACUGCGAGGAUGGAUAG